GGUGGGCGGGGCUCUUCAUCCGGGUACCGGCGUGACCCUGCUGAAUUGCAAACAUGGCGGAGUCCUCCCUUGGGAAUUCGAGCCCAGGGGGCUCAGCGGGUUCUGUUGACCAUGACUUUGACCCAUCAGCGGACAUGCUUGUCCACGACUUUGAUGACGAACGCACAAUGGAAGAGGAGGAAAUGUUGGAGGCAGCUGAUGAGGCCAACGCCAAUGAGAUUGAAGAUCUUGCACGCGAAGGAGAAAUGCCCAUUCACGAGCUCCUGAAUCUUUAUGGUUAUGGAGGCGCUUCACCAGCAGAUGAGGAUGAAGAGGAGGAUGAAGAACAGGAAGAAGAGGACGAAGACGAGGAUGAGGACGAUGAGCUGGACAAUGACGAAAGCAGCCGAGGCACCGGCGAGCUAAAAAGGAACGAGGAUGAAGACGUCAAGAACUCAACAACACAGGAGGACGAGGCCCCGGUGACCACGGAGGGCCGCACUCGUUCUGUUAGGGGCCUCGGCACAUCAGAACUUAUUCGUCCACAGAAGCACAAGUACUUUGAAAGUAACAACGAUGCAGAAGAGGAGUCAGAUGAAGAUGAGGAUUAUGUUCCAUCUGAAGACUGGAAAAAGGAGAUCAUGGUUGGGUCUAUGUAUCAGGCAGAAACCCCCACUGGCCUGUGUAAAUAUAAGGACAAUGAAAGAGUUUAUGAAAAUGAUGACCAACUGUUGUGGAACCCUGAGUGUCUGCCUGAAAACAAAGUGGUGGGGUUCUUGAUAGAGGCAUCAAGACGUACGGGAGAGGAGAAGGGGGUCGACGCCAUCCCGGAAGGAUCCCACAUCAAGGACAAUGAACAGGCAUUAUACGAACUUGUGAAAUGUGACUUUGACACAGAGGAAGCUCUAAGAAGACUUCGGUUUAAUGUAAAAGCAGCCAGAGAGGAGCUUUCUGUCUGGACUGAAGAGGAAUGUAGAAAUUUUGAACAAGGACUAAAAUCCUACGGAAAAGACUUUCAUUUAAUACAGGCCAACAAGGUGAGAACUCGGUCUGUAGGAGAAUGUGUGGCCUUUUAUUACAUGUGGAAGAAGUCUGAGCGUUAUGAUUUCUUUGCACAGCAAACCAGACUUGGAAAAAGGAAAUACAACCUUCACCCCGGUGUCACGGACUACAUGGACAGGUUACUGGACGAGACGGAGAGCGUGGCCUCCAGCAGGGCGGCGUCGCCCCCUCCCACCACAUCCAGCAGCAGCGCCAGCCAAUCGGAGAGGGAAGACAGCAGUGGCCACAACGGUGUUGCAGGCCACAGUUCCAGCCAUCUCGGAGAUGGUACGCAUAUUAUGGUCCCAGUAAACCAAGUGAAACCUGAGCCUGUUCAGUCCAACGGUCCGUCAGGCGAUGGCCCCCUUCCCUCGUCGGACAACAACUCCAACGGAUGCAGCCACCCCAGCUCAUCCAGUCACCAGCAAAACGGUUCUCCGGAACCUCCCGCAGACCAAAGAGACUCUGCCGUGGCGCAUGACAGGCCGGCCAAGAGGGUCAAGAUGGAGACGGAGCCUUUGGCCCAAAACCAAGCGGAAGCUACCGGAACCCAGGAGAACUGAAGAGGCCUGAGCUCUGUCGCGAGGACGCUGAUUUUCCUGGUGGAAAAUGGUCAGUGAGGACUCGAUGACCAAAAAUGCCGUUGAUCCUCCAGCAGGGAACGAUUCUGACCCGUGUGGUGUCUGGAGCCAUCCAUGUAGCUCUGAACUUCUACCCGUUGUCUGUAAUUACUUGACUGACUCACAGCAUUUUGCCAAGAAUUUCUCUUUUUCUAUUUGUACUCGAAGAAAAACAAAACAAAACAAUUCCCAUUAAUAUUUUUUUACACUAGAUAUUUAUAUUUUUUAACAAAAAAGUCUAUGAUGGGUAUUUGCUUUUCAAGCCAUUUGAACAUUUGUGAACAGCGUAGAGAGUUUUAAACGACUUUGUGCUUCAGUUGCCAAGAGGAGGCGCGGAGUAAGCGCACUCGGCAUAGGCAAGCUGGUGAUGUCGCAAGUUGUCUUUAGUUGCACUUUCGUUACACGUUUCUGUGGUUGAGAAGCAGCAGAAUGACAUUUUCACUUGGAGAAAUAAUAAACCAGCGCAGGUUUGUUUGUGUCAAGCCGCUGACAUCAGUGAUGUCCUUUAACACGUUAGCAGAUGGCUGUAUUUUGGGAUUUUCACAAUCGGCUGCUUUGCUUAACGUUUUCUUUUUACUAGUCAGAAUGUCAGUGAUUCCUAAGCUUUGUAUCGAUUUCUUACAUGCAUUGGUACAUUUUCAAAUUGUCUUCAUCCUUUUCUGUUCUUUCUUUGCUUUCUUCAGAAGCACGUUGUCCAUGUUAAUCUGAAAUACAUGUCAUUUCAAAAGAU